AGACACGACAGAAGAAUGAAGCUUCUACUGUUGCUGUCUGUGGGGCUGGGCCUGGCCUGGACCCUGCAGGACCAAAGCCAGGUUCCCGUGCAGCCGGGCUUCAGCCCUGAGCAGGUGACAGGACCCUGGGAAACCCUCAAGCUGGCUUCCAAUGACCGGUCCGUUGUUGAGAAAGAAGGCGCUUAUGAGUGCUUUAUGACUGGUAUUGUUCUCCUGGACAACGGCAACCUGAAUGUCAGCUACUUCCACAGAAAAGAUGGGAAGUACAUGAAGGAAUUCUACGUGGCAGAGAAGACUGACACCCCUGGACGCUACACCUUUGAGUACCACGGCAAAAACUAUCUGACUUUCGUGGCUGUUACCGAGAAAUUUACCAUCAUGGACUUGGAAAACCAGAGGGACGGAAAUCCCCUCAUCGUGGUGGAGCUCCACGGUGUGUGCCGUUCCCACUUACAGCCUCAAGACUGCAGGGAGUAA